UCAUGCGUAUACGUACGAUCGUUAUUUGACACAGGACUACAGGAGUGAUCGGAUCAUUUUUUGAAAAGAAGCAUGUUGAUGGUAGUUUAUGGUGCGCGCAUGCGCGUGAGGAGUGGAAUUAGCUGCAGUGAUCGGCUCAUAGAGUAAUAUUACUCUAUGGAUCGGCUCGUGUUCAUCAUCGUAGACGCUGAUAAUGGUAUCAUAUUUGUUUACUUUCCGUUAUCGUCUGCAAACGCCAAACGGAUGGAAAAAUAUCGGCUAAUGCAUUUUUUGAUUUUUCAAGCAAUAUUCAAACUGUGAUCAGUGAUCACUCAUUACUUAUUAGUGCAAUACUGCAAUAGAAGACUACGGUAGUCUUUCAGUUUUAUCGUAAAUCGCAUAUUAACAUCCGAAUAAUCGUGCGUCGAGAUGGUGUACUUACACUUUCCGACGAAUCUGACUGAAGAAGAACUCAUGCUGCAAAACAAGUAUCAAAAAUUGAGAAAAAAGAAAAAAGCAUUGCAAGUGCAAAAAACACCUCGACCUGAACCUGAGCCUUCACCUGUACUCAAUCCCAAAAGGCCCAAAGAAACAGCUCGUGAUGCAAGGGAAAUAGCGAAAAAACUAUUGAAGUCUGGUGCUAUAGGACCGAUAAAAAAAGUACCCAAUCGUACAGACCAGGAAUCUUUUAAGAGACCUUGUGGAAUGGAACGCAAAUUGUUGAUCACUACUCAGGCUUUAAGUAGCUAUCAACCCUUUUCAGCAGCUUCACCGGUCAUCAAAACUGAUGUCAUUCCAGAUAGCACUCCUAAAGCGACUCCAACCACUAAAUUCUCUAAUUUGUAUAGUAGUUUUGUUUCUUCCACUUCUAAAACCACUCCACCAGCUCCAAGCUCACCAGAACCAGUUCCCGAACAACCUACUCGUAAGGACAUCACUAUAUUUGUUGGAGGAAGUAGUUCAAUGACUGAAGAAUUUUUAAGGUCCACAUUCAGUAAAUUUGGUACAAUAAUUAAUAUAUCCAUGGAAAUAGAAAAAAAUCGAGGGUUCAUCACAUUCAACUCCCCAGAAACUGCUGAUAAAGCAGUAUCUCAAAUGAACGCCACUACAGUCUCUGGUAUUAAAUUAAAAGUUUCAAUCUCACGAAAUCAGCCUAUUGAAUUUGGCGAUAAAGGAAUUAAUUCAUGGAAUGCCAUUGCUACUAAUAAAUCACAAAAAGGAAAUCAACGAGACGAUCGAUCGCUGGUAACAUAUGAUGAUUUAUUUUAAGAACUUGUUUUUACUUAUUUUAGAUUUUAAUUAUUUAUAAUAAAGAUUUUUUAAUGAUAGACUGAGUGUUAAAAAAAUAUAUUCAUGUAAUUUAUUAUAUUGAUGUAAUUUUUAUAAACUAUUUUAUUUAAAAAAAGUAUUGCUGUUUAUUUUAUGAAUUAAUUUGUUGUAAACUAAAACAUAGAACUCAAUAACUAUGACAUUGGAAAAUAAGUUUUGUAACUACUAUUUUAGUUCACAAACACAUAGUUUAUAAUAAAAAAUAUUGCUUUGAGGUUUUAGUUAAUUAUGUAGCAAUGGAGAUUUUUAAUCUAACUAAUAUCUGUAGAUAAUCAUACAAAUUAAAAAUAAUGAUGAUAGUCUUGGAUAUAUCUCCUUAUAAAUCCAUAAUGAAACAAAACCUUCAAUAAAUAAAAUAAUAUUUGUAUCGGAAAUGCCUAAUUACUUAUAUAAAUUAAAUUUUAAAUAUUUGAUGAUUUCAUCUUUAUGAGUUGGUAUUUGGUACAUAACCGGUAUAGUUACGUGACUACUGACUUAGUAGUAGUUAUACUGUUAUAGAACUGUUAUGAUCUGAUCAAUCUUGUUUUAUUUUUGUCCAAAAUUUGUGAUUUCUUACAUUAUAAUAUGCUAAUGUAGGGAUAUAAAUAAAUUGCAUUUAAUAAUACUGGCUAUGAAUAAAUCUUAAUAGUUUAUUUCAUAAUUUCUUCUUGGACCGGUUAAACCUAACUUUAUAAAUAGGUUUAUUCUAAUCUAAAUAUUAAGAGUAAUUGAGAGCAUUUUGAAUUCACUCUGUGUUACAUCGUUAAACAUAAAAUAACGGAAUAUCAUUCAAAUUUUUAAUUAAUUAAUAAACAUUUUUUAAUAUUCGUACAAAGUUUGAAGUACCCCUAGUCAAUACAUAACCUAACCUACCUAUAUAAUAUUUGUGUUCUAACUGCCACUGUGGAGUAAAACAGUAAUUAUUUACUGUUAGCGGUUAACCUUUUUAAUGAAACAACAACUGCAAUGUGUUGCAGAAAUAGGUUAGAACAAGAAUUGAGUAAAACGAAACCGCUAGGAAAAGUUAGGUAGGUACAUAAACAAAAACCGUAAGUGUUAAGUGUUUUGAAUUUAAGCCCUAAAAAUUAUCUUUUACCAGCCGGUCAAUGACUAAAACGACUGUUGUUUAUAGAGUAAAGAUAUUUUUAACAAUCGUGCUAUACAAUAAUUGAAUAUUAAAAUAUCGAAAUGCAAAACUUAAAGAAACAACGAUCGGUUAGCAACAAUAACAAUAACGACAGUAGCGCAACAACCCCCAACAUGCGUGGGGCUACUGAUUGGGGGGAAAUUGAAAGUCCCAGUGGUGGUGGUGUAUGGUCUUCUCGUUGCCGAAGCCUAGGAUCAGUAGACCGGCGAGUAUGAUGCUCAGGAAACACAAGGCGGCUUGCAGGUCGCGCCGCUUCUCCGUAUCCUCGGGGACCACUUGCUGGACGACUUUAGUGAACAGGCUGCACACGUUCGAGUGACACAACCGGAACAGCUGACAGCUGAGCUCGGUGAUGGACGGGUCGGCGGUGGACAGG